AUGAUCACAGCUGGUGAAGUCCAUUUGCAGAAGUGCUUAAAGGACUUGGAAGAUCUCGGAUUCACAGAUUUAGAGGUAUCCGAGCCAAUAGUUCCAUUUUUGGAGACGAUAAUUCCUGACACUCAGCUGACUCUUGCUCAGAUUCAGGAUCAAGUAACGGAAUGCCGUGUACGUGGGGAUUCCUUGCACAUCCGCCUGCGAUUAGUUCCAUUACCCGAUGAGGUUGUCGAUUUGCUGGAAAAAUCUGGAGAGAUACUACAUUCAAUGAAACGAGGCAAUAUCGAAGAAGCAUCGUUAGCUGAUUUUAGGUCCGAAUUAUUGAAAAUAUGUGAAGAACAUCUUCCUUCAUGUCGGGGAUCGUGGUGGUACAAGAAGAACAAAACCGAAGUUUUGGAGAUGAUCGACAAAAUCUGGAGCUUUGGCCCUGACCGAGCGAAAGCCAACAUUCUAUUCAACGCGAUUCCUAGUUAUCAACGGAAAUCGAUAUGGGAGAGCAAGUCCGAAUUCGGUGUUCGCCCCUUCGACCAAUCUAUUGUGUCCGGUUUUGAAAUGUUUGUGACAGCCGGUCCUCUUUGCCACGAAGUGAUGAGAGGUGUAGCGGUUAUAAUCGAAGAAUGGAAUCUUGAUGAAGCAGAUGCUGCAAUUCCUGGUCAAAUAAUGAGCGCUGUUCGUGACACAUGCAAAGCAGCUGCGAAAAAACUGGCACUACGGCUGGUAGCAGCCAUGUACAGGUGCAUGGUUACGACUGCCAGUCAGGCUCUUGGAAAGGUUCACGCAGUACUUGCCCAGCGGAAGGCUAAGACAUUGAACGAGGAUAUCAAUGAAGCAACAGGACUAUUUGAAGUUACGGCAUUGAUGCCAGUAGUGGAAUCAUUCUCAUUUUGUGAUCAUCUUCGGAAAAAUACGUCAGGAAUGGCGAGCGCUCAACUUGAGUUCAGUCAUUGGCAGCUGAUCGAUGAGGACCCAUACUGGCAACCAACAACUCAAGAGGAGAUAGAGGAAUACGGUGAAAAAGGCGAUUCACCCAAUCAUGCUCGUGGUUAUAUGGAUGCCGUGCGACGGCGAAAAGGGCUACCAACCGAUGACGUCAUAGUGGUCUCAGCCGAAAAGCAGAGAAAUUUGACGAAAAAUAAGUAG